AUGGCUGCGGCGCUAUUCACCGAUACAUUUCUAGCCAGCUUCGUCGUUCCUAUCCUCCCCUACAUGCUCGAGGGUCGCGUGGGCAUAGAUCCAUCCCGCACACAAAGAACAAUUUCAUGGCUGUUGGCUGAAAAUGCGGCAGUCAGUGUGAUUAUUCGGAUGCCGUUAGCGCAUUUUGCGGAUAAAUCUACUUCGACUCGAGGCUGGUUUCUAUGGGCGCUGGGUAUCGCCUUGGCCAGUACCAUUGCGACGGCAUUUGGAUCAUCUUUGCCACUGCUGUUUAUCAGUAGAUCAGUGCAAACUUUGGCCAGCAGUAUCAUGUGGGUAGUGGGAUACACGACAGUGGCAAACACUGUUUCGCCUGAGAAUACUGCAAAGACCUACGCCAUGAUAUCCAUGGCCGUUUCGCUGGGUUCCUCAACUGGACCUAUGAUAUCGGGUAUUCUAUUUCAACUGGCCGGGUACUGGGUAGCAUGGGCAAGUGCUUUUGUGAUCCUGGGAAUCGAUAUGGCCUUUCGUCUGUUGAUGGUGGAGAAGAAAAAAGAGGAGAAAACCGGACCGAAUUUCUAUUUUUGCAUCUUUAGCAAGGCCAAUUUUGUUGCUGGCAUAUACUGCAGCAUUAUGUUUGGUAUUUUGAUGACCACGUUCAAUGCCACUGUUCCCCUGCAUGUUCGUGAUGUAUUCGGCUGGGGUAGCAUGCAGUCUGGUCUUAUGUUUGCUUCUCUACAAGCCCCUCGUCUCAUUAUGGCUCCAGUUGUGGGCUGGUUGAAAGAUCGCUUUGGAACACGAAUGCCAACUACAUUUGGAUUCGCUAUUUUGGCUCCGUCUCUCUGGCUACUGGGUCUUCCCGGCAGUGCACAAUUCCCAUCUAAAAGCAUGGAGAACUGGGGGCCUACGCUUUAUAUACUAGCAAUGACUUUGGUUGGGUUCCAAAGUGCAUUUUUAAAUGGAUCAGGGAUGAUUGAGGCCACAGUGGCCGUGAGAGAACUCAAGGAAGAUUAUCCUGAGGCUUUCGGGCCCAAUGGAGGAAAGUCACGAGCUAUUGGAAUGGCUGGUCUUGCCUGGACAAUCGGGACAUGCAUUGGCCCUGGUCUUAGCGGAAUACUUAUCGAGAAAUGCGGAUACUAUGUUAUGAAUUGCGUUCUAGCUGGACUGUGUGUUCUAUCUAGUAUCGUUGCAUUUUCUUUCUUGCCUUCGAGAACGACUCGGGUUGAGGCCCAAAAAGUCGAUCAUGAAGCACCUACUCGUCAGUGA